GGCACUCUUUUCUCUCCGGCGGAAGGUUACGGGGUGAGGCAACGGUGAAGGGCUGAGCGAACCUUAAAGGGCUGCGCGCGGAGGAGGGGCCCCGUAGUCGGGGCUGAGGCGCCGCGGGAGGCGGGUGUCGGACGGGCGCCUCGCGGCAGGGACGGCCGCUCGCCUCGAUCGUUUGUCGUUGUCGCCGCUAUGUCCCGCGAGCCCGAGAUCAUGGAGUCGCAGGUGAUGUGGGAGCCCGACUCGAAGCGCAACACCCACAUGGACCGGUUCCGCGCCGCCGUAUCCAGCAGCUGCGGGCUCCGCCUGGCCAACUAUGAUGACUUAUACCAGUGGUCAGUGGAAUCCUACUCAGACUUCUGGGCAGAAUUCUGGAAGUACAGUAACAUCAUAUGUUCUCGCCUGUAUGAUGAGGUGAUUGAUACAUCCAAAAGUAUUGCAGAUGUCCCGGAAUGGUUUAAAGGUAGUCGUCUGAACUACGCAGAAAAUCUUCUGAAGCACAAGGACAAUGACAAGAUUGCACUGUAUGCAGCAAAGGAAGGCAAAGAAGAAAUCUUGAAAGUUACUUUUGAAGAACUGAGACAAGCUGUAGCUUUGUAUGCUGCAGCCAUGAGGAAGAUGGGAGUUAAAGUAGGAGACAGAGUUGUGGGUUACUUACCAAACAGCAUUCAUGCGGUGGAAGCAAUGCUGGCUGCUGCAAGUAUUGGUGCUAUCUGGAGUUCAACAUCACCAGACUUUGGCAUUAACGGUGUGCUGGACAGAUUUUCCCAAAUUCAGCCUAAGCUCAUCUUCUCUGUUGAAGCUGUUAUAUACAAUGGCAAAGAACAUAACCACUUGGAAAAGCUGCUUAGUGUGGUAAAAGGGCUUCCAGAUAUAAAAAAAGUGGUGGUGAUUCCAUAUGUCUCAUCAAAAGAAACCAUAGAUAUUUCUAAGAUCCCAAACAGUGUCUUUUUAGAAGACUUCCUUGCUACUGGGAAAGGAGACCAGGCCCCCCAGCUGGAGUUUGAGCAGCUGCCUUUCAGUCAUCCUCUCUUUAUCAUGUAUUCGUCAGGCACAACAGGGGCACCGAAAUGCAUGGUUCAUUCGGCAGGGGGUACACUAAUACAGCAUCUGAAAGAACACAUUCUUCAUGGCAACAUGACCAGCAAUGACAUUAUUAUGUACUAUACAACGACUGGCUGGAUGAUGUGGAAUUGGUUAGUGACUGCACUUGCCACAGGAGCUUCAGUAGUCCUGUAUGAUGGAUCUCCACUAAUUCCAUCACCAAAUGUACUCUGGGACUUGACUGACAGACUGGGGAUCACCAUACUUGGAACGGGGGCAAAGUGGCUGGCUGUGCUAGAAGAGAAAAACUUAAAACCAUGUGAAACACACAAUCUCCAAACACUCCACACUAUACUGUCUACAGGAUCACCGCUCAAAUCUCAAAGCUAUGAGUAUGUCUACAAACACAUAAAAAGCAGUGUCCUCCUGGGAUCCAUUUCAGGUGGGACAGAUAUCAUUUCAUGUUUCAUGGGUCAGAAUGUUACAAUUCCAGUUUACAAAGGAGAAAUUCAGGCCAGAAAUCUUGGGAUGGCUGUAGAAGCAUGGAAUGAUGAAGGAAAACCAGUUUGGGGUGAAAGUGGAGAGCUGGUUUGUACCAAGCCUAUUCCCUGUCAGCCUACGCACUUCUGGAAUGAUGAGAAUGGAAACAAAUACAGGAAAGCUUAUUUUUCAAAAUACCCAGGUGUUUGGGCCCAUGGUGAUUACUGCAAAAUUAAUCCCAAGACAGGAGGAAUUGUCAUGCUGGGUCGCAGUGAUGGUACAUUAAAUCCAAAUGGAGUAAGAUUUGGAAGUUCUGAAAUCUACAACAUAGUUGAAGCCUUUGAGGAGGUUUCCGAUAGCCUCUGUGUCCCUCAGUACAACAAGGAUGGAGAGGAGAGGGUGAUACUCUUCCUGAAGAUGGCAUUAAACCAUGCCUUCAGUGAGGAUCUGGUGAAACGAAUUCGAGAUGCAAUACGUAUAGCGCUUUCUGCCAGGCAUGUUCCAAGCCUCAUUCUAGAAACCAAAGGCAUUCCGUAUACAAUAAAUGGGAAAAAAGUGGAAGUAGCUGUGAAGCAAAUAAUUGCAGGGAAAGAAGUUGAGCAGCGGGGAGCUUUCUCAAACCCAGAGACUUUGGACCUGUACCAAAAUAUUCCGGAGCUUCAAAACUUCUGAAGUCACUUGUUUGGGUUUUUUUUUUGCAUUUGUCUUUGUUCUGUGUUUGUUUUGUAUAUACCAAUACUGUAUGUAAAGAAAAAGCUCUAUUUAAUACCAGUGGUUCUUUUAAAAGAAAAAAUUUCAUUAAGUGCAUUAUGAAAGGCUUGGGUAAAGCUUAGCUCCCUUUUAUUGGUUAAAUAUGCCAUAUAUCUUGGAGUUUUUUCCAGCCUGGAAGGAGGAACCUGCCUGUUUUGAUUUUUAUAUAUUUGAGUGCAUCUUUUCUGGUUAGAUUUACAUCAGCAGCCCAUCAAAUGGGAGCACCGAUAGUAUAAGUUAGUUGCAAGUAGAAUAUUUCUUUCAUAAAAUGUUCACUUUCUUUUUUUGAACUGGAUUUUUAGCAAUAUUUUUUCAAUCCAUGUUUGUCGCCUGUAAGGAAUAUACAGUGAUUUUAACUACCUGACCAUGACACAUGAAAGUGUUCUAUGUGUAGUGUGCAUUUAAAUGUUUUUAUAAAGCCAAAUCAUAAUGCACUAAACCCGUUUGACUUGACUCGGAAUAAAUUCACUCUUGAAAUAUCUCACGGUACCCUUGAAGGUAAUUGCUGCUUCAUUUUGUGGUGUAACCUUCCUGUUGUUUUAAGCUUUUCGUUAAUAGACUUCUUGGGGUUCAGAAGGUGAGGGAGCAAUCACCACCACCUUUUUCAGGUGUAAUUCCAGGUUAUUUCCAUGGAAUUUACUGUCAUUACUCUGGAUUAAUAUCAUUGCAGUUGAAGACAGCAUUUUGCUUCCUUGUUUUGCAGUUCUUUAUGGGCUGUAAGGCAACAAUCCCAUGUUAUGUUAGCUGAAGAAUUCCAGUGUUUGUUUAUUAAAUGCUGAUGGUUUUUUGUAACUCUUUUUACUAAAUGUCAUGUUGAAAGUGAAAGACUAAAAUGUUUUCUAGCUCUGUAUCCUUCCAGUUUAUAAAGGGAAAAAAUACUGUAAUGAGCGUACUAAAACAGUAAAAUGGAGGCACUAAACCAUUGUUUUGUUUUUCAUAAAAUACAGUUGCAGUAGUUGUACCCAUCCUCUGGCAUUCAGUAUCUCCUGCACUAUUUGAAUUUUGUGGGUUAAGUAUUUAAUGCAUUAAAAUCAUGGAUGUACUUACAGUUGUGGUGAAUGCAUUCAACAUUGAUAAAGAGUUAAUUAAAAGAAAUUGAUUCUUUAUAUACUA